AUGCACCGCGCUGCCUCCAACCAGCGCUCGGUCUCCUCCUCCUCGGGCUCCUUCCAGCCGCCGCCGCAGCCGCCGCUGCCUCCGCACGCCGCCGACCGGCAGCCCCUCUUCCCGGGGGGCUCCAGCAGCGGCGGCAGCCGGCGGGGCUCGGGGUCGAGCUCGGGCUCGGCGCGGGCCCGCCGCCCUCGCAGCCCCCGCAGCAGCACCGAGCAAGAGGAGGAAGAAGAGGAGGAAGAGGAGGACAGCAGCAGCAUCAGCAAGCCCCUGGUGCCGCCGCCCGCCACCCCGCUGCCCGCCGCCGCCUCGCCCCCGGGCCGCAGCAUGACGGCGGCGGAGCUGUACGGGGUGGCGGGCGGCGGGGCGGGGGGCGGCGGGGCGGCGGCGGGGGCGCUGCUGGGGCCCGGCGGAGCGGGGGGAGGGCGGCGCUGGGGCUUCCAGGCGCUGUCCCUGGUGCUACUGCUGGGGCAGGGCGCGCUGCUGGACCUCUACCUGAUCGCCGUCACCGACCUCUACUGGUGCAGCUGGAUCGCCACCGACCUGGUGUUGGCGGCCGGCUGGGGCAUCUUCUUCUGCCGCAACAGCCGGGCGCGCCGCCGGGAGCGGCCCCCGCCGCCCCCCGGGCCGCCGCCGCCGCACCCGCUGCUGCUGCACGGCCCCCCCGGCGGCCGCGGGGCCGGGGGCCGCGGGGCCGGGGUCCCCCCCCGCGGCGGCGACUUCGCCUACGCGCACCUCGCCUGGCUCAUCUACUCCAUCGCCUUCACGCCCAAGGCGGCGCUGAUCCUGGGCACCUCCAUCCUGGAGCUGAUCGAGCUGCGCCUGCCGCUGGGCACCACCGGCUUCCGCAUCACCCUGGCGCUCUCCGCGCCGCUGCUGUACUGCCUGCUGCGGGCCAUCGGCACCGAGGGCGCCGGGCAGCUGCUCCUGCCGCCGCAGCCGCCGCCGCAGCACCGCGCCGCCGCCGCCUUCCUCGCCACCUGCCUCGACCUGCUCGACAGCUUCUCCCUGCUGGAGCUGGUGCUGCAGCCCGGGCGGCCGGCGCCGCUGCCCGCCCCGCUGCGCUACCUGCUCAUCGCCGUCUACUUCCUCUGCCUGGCCUCGCCGGUGCUGUGGCUGUACGAGCUCAGCGCCGCUCGCCCGCCCGGCGCCGCCCGCCUCGCCCUGCACCUCCUGCUGCCCGCCGGGCUGUUGGACGCGCCGCUGCUGGCGCUGCGCUGCCUCCUGCUCCUGCGCUACCAGCAGCCGCUGUCCCUCUUCAUGCUGAAGAACCUCUUCUUCCUGACCUGCCGCGGCCUGGAGGCGCUGGAGACCUGCUGCCUCCUCCGCCCCGCCGCCGCCCCGCCGCCCGCCAAGUACGGCCCGGCCGCCGCCGCCCCCGCCGCCGCCCCGCUGGCCCACGGGCUCUCCGACGUGGACGUGGGUCCCCACGGGUACGUGAACGCCUUGGCGGUCACCGCCCAGGGCUGA